AUGAGCGCAAGAGCCCUUCAGGGAAAUAGCGCAAGAGCCUUUCAAGGAAAUACGCAUGGGGUUACUUGGGUGACUCCGUCGCUUCUUGCUGCUUCCGGCCCGUCCUCGUCCUCCUCUGCUCCCCGUCCGUCUCGCCGGCCAACCACAGCCGUCCGUGCGGGCAGUGGGAUCAGCCACGUGGACGGUCUGGAUCCGGAAGAGUUCAAGAACGCGCGGAUCACGGUGACGGACGACGGUAUUAUUUUUUCCGUGGUGGACGACGGUGAAUCGGAUAGGGAAAACGAGGUUCCGGAGGAGGUAUGGGAGAGGGAGGAGGGGACAGAGGGGGAGGAGAGGUCGGCUGUGGGUGGUGUGGAAGAGGAGGGAAGAGAUGGUGCUGUGAGUGGGGAAGACGAGACGGAGGAGGAGGAGGAUGAAGGGGGAGAGGCAGCGGCGGGGGUGAUGGAAGAGGCGCAGAGGGUGAUGGAAGAAGCGGCGAAGCUUCUCAGCGUGGCGGAACGACCCGUGGUGGUUGAUGUUGCCGUGAGUGACAGUGAGGAGGAGGACGAGGGGGAAGCGGAAGAGGAUAACGAGGGGGAGGAGGAAGACGAGGAGCAAGAGGAGGACGAAGCGGAAGAGGCGGAGGAGGCAGAAGAGGAAACACUGGCGAUGGGAGCAGAGGAGCAGGUGGGUGGGCGAGACGGCAAGAGGGAGGAAGAGGCGUUAGAGGCGUUAGAGGCGUUAGAGGAGGAGGAGCCCCUCGUUUAUGACCCACCACCGCAGGCGGACUCGAAUGUGGAUCUGGAGGCGACCCUUGGCGCCACUGCUGCUGGUAGCAGUGCCGUUGCUGACAGCAGCUACGGUGCCGAGGGUGGGCAGGACGGCAGGGGGGAUGUAGAGGCGUUGGAGGAGGCGCCUAUUUAUGACCCGCCAGCGUCAGUGGAUUUGGGUGUGGGUCUGGAGAGGACGCUUGGCGAUGCUGAUGCUGCUGGUGCCAGCCUCGUUGCGGACAGCAGUUAUGGUGCUGGGGAUGGCUUUGGUGCUGAUGUGAGCUCCGUUGGUGAUGUGAGCUACAGUGCUGAUGUCAGCGAUGGUGCUGGGGAUGGCUUUGGUGCUGAUGUCAGCUCCGUUGGUGAUGUCAGCUACAAUACAGGUGUCAGUUAUGGUGCUGAUGCGAGCUACAGUACCGAUGUCAGCUACAGUGCUGAUGCGAGCUAUAGCACAGGCAGCAGCUACAGUGCUGGCAUCAACACCAGCCUUGGCAGCAGCACUUUCGGCAACAGCAGCACCCGUGGCAGCACACUUGGUGGCACGGAGGUGGAUCUAGAGGAGGAGGAGAGGCGCGUGGCAGAGCGGCUCAAGGCCCUGGCAGGGUUGGCACUGGGGGGAGAAGAGGGAAUAGCAGUGAGGGGAGAGGAUUCAGGGUUGGGUGAAGUCCGGGCAGGCGAAACUGUGGAUAUUUUUUUCCACCGCCCGGCAAGCGUGCUGAAAGAAAAGGCUGGGAUUUUUGUCGUAGGUGCUUUUAACGAGUGGCAGUGGGAGCCGUUUAAGUAUGAGCUGAAGCCCUCUAACGAGGUGGCAAAUGACUGGUGGACGUGCAGCGUGACUAUACCGAAGGAGGCGUAUCAGAUGAACUUCGUUUUCCACAGCAGUGAUAACGUGUAUGAGAACAACGAGGGGCGGGAUUUCUACAUCUCAAUAGAUGGGGGCAUGGGAGAGGAUGAAUUUGAACGGUUCUUGAAUGAGCAGAAGCAGAGGGAGGCGGAGGAGAGGGCAGCAGAGGAGGCGGAGAGAGAGAGGAAGGCAGAGGAGGAGAGGAGGGCCGCCCUGCUGCGAGCCCAGCAGGAGGAGGAACGGGCGACGGCCCGAGCCGUGGCUGAUGAGGCUCGGCAGAGGCUUGGGCCGAUAUGGGAGAAUGCAAGGGCGGGAGAGGAAGGGGUGUGGCGCCUGGAGGUGAAGGAAGGGGCGGAAUGGGGAGGGAAAGUGGCAGGGGAAGGAGGGGGGGUUGAGAAGGGGGUGGUGGUGAGGGUGGAGUAUAACCGGGCGGGUAGGCCCCUGGCAGGGGCGGGGGAGGUGUGGCUGCAUGCGGGGGUGAAUGGGUGGCAGGGUGGCGUGUCUGUUGUGGAGAAACUGGAGUGUGUUAAUAACGAGGAUGGCGACUGGUGGGCCGUGGAAGUCACUCUGCCCCAAGCCGCUGUGGCGCUCAACCGGUUGUUUGCAGUCGCUCUACCACAGGACGCAGUGGCGCUCAACUGGGUGUUUGCGGAUGGGCCAGUGGGGAAAGCAGGCGCGUGGGACAACAACAGCCGGCGGGACUUCGCGGGGCGGAUUGGCGAUGCGGAGCAGAUUGAGGCCCUGUUUGAGGGCAUGGCGGCGGAGUGUCUGCAACGACUGGAGAAAGAGAGGGAGGAGCGGGAUGCGAAAGAGGCUGAGGAGGCAGCGCGGCGUGCAGAAAUCAAAGCAGCCAUGAAGGCACGCACCAAAGCAGUGUUCCUGCAGUCCCAGGCACACGUGUUCUUCACUGAGCCUGCAGAACCACGAGCAGGAGAGGCAGUGCGCGUGUACUACAACCCUAGCGGCACGGCGCUGCAGGGCAGGGAGAAAGUGUGGAUGCGCGGGUCGUUCAACCGCUGGACCCACCGCUCGGGGUGCUUCCUUCCCCUUCAGAUGGAGCCCGCUGACAACGGCACUCACCUCGUGGCUGAAGCUGUGGAGCAUUGCCUGCAGGUUGACAUAGCGCCCCUCCACAUUGCCUGCCAGCUGUGGAGCAUUGCCAAGUGCACUCACCUCAUGGCUGAAGGCGUCCCUAAUCCGCCCUGGGCCAUGUGGCACGUGAUGCUUAUGGGGAAACCAGCGACCACCCCCCUUGCUCUCUGUGUGCAGGCGCACGGGGCGCACUUGGUGCACCAUGUCCCCGUGCCCCACGACGCCUCCAUAAUGGACCUUGUGUUCAUGGACAGCAGCGACUCCUCUUACCUCUCACUAUCAGCCAUUCGUCAUGCGUAUUGUGUCCUGUGCCCCCUCUUCCCCUCCCCAGUCCCCGUGCCUCACGACGCCUACAUCAUGGACCUGGUCUUCAUGGACAGCAGCGAUCCCACCACGGCCACGCACCUCAGCGACCCCACCACGGCAACGUAUGACAACCGGGGAGGCCUGGACUACCACGUGCCCGUGGCGGGCAGCACUGCCAGGGAGCCGCCUCUCUACAUCGUGCAUGUUGCUCUCGAGAUGGCACCUGUUGCCAAGGUGAGGGAGAAGAGGGGUGGGGUUGGGUGGAGGGAGAGGGGACUGGACUACCACGUGCCUGUGGCUGGCAGCACUGCCAGAGAGCCGCCUCUCUACAUUGUCCACGUGGCUCUGGAAAUGGCACCUGUUGCCAAGGUGAGGAGGAGAGGGUUGGAGGGGGGCGGAGGGGGGUGGAGAGGGGUGGAGGGGUGGCUGGGGGGCACUGCCAGGGAGCCGCCUCUCUACAUCGUGCAUGUGGCUCUUAAGAUGGCACCCUUUGCCAAGGUGGGGGGUCUGGGCGACGUGGUGGGGGGUCUGGGUGAUGUAGUGACGUCACUGUCGCGAGCCACAAUUGAGCUGGGCCACAGAGUGGAAGUGGUGCUGCCGAAAUACGACUGCCUCAAGUAUGACCAGCUGGGCCACAGAGUAGAAGUGGUGCUGCCGAAAUACGACUGCCUCAAGUAUGACCAGGACCUGCGCAAAUACAACUGCCUGCCUCAAGUGAAACCCGGUGUGCACGCUGUUACGUUUCAGUCGACCAAUAAAGGCUGCCCCAAAUACGACUGCCUUGAGUACCACCGGUCCCAGUACAACUGCCUGACUCAAGUGCAAGGGCUGGAGGCGAGGGGCGAUUUCCUGUGGGGCGGCACGCGGUGGCUGGUGUGGCAUGGCCGAGUGGAGGGCAUCCCCGUGCACUUCCUCGAACCUGAGAGCGGGUUGUUCUGGGUGGGGUGCAUCUACGGCCGCAAGGACGAUGCUGCCCGCUUCGGCACCUUCUGCCACGCGGCCCUUGAGUUCCUGCUGCAGACAGGCCGCUCCCCGGAUCUGCUGCAUUGCCACGACUGGUCGUCAGCGCCAGGGGCAUGGCUACAACACGAGCAGUACAGCGGGUACGGAGGGGAGCACGGGGACCUCCUGCAUUGCCACGACUGGUCGUCAGCGCCAGUGGCGUGGCUGCAGAGGGAGCAGUACAGCGGGUACGGAGGGGGCAACGCACGCACAGUGUUCACCAUCCACAACCUCGAGUUCGGGCAGGACAUGAUUGGCCGCGCCAUGGCAGCCUGCGACAUGGCCACCACUUGGGCCAACGCGCGCACGGUGUUCACCAUCCACAACCUCGAGUUCGGGCAGGACAUGAUUGGCCGUGCCAUGGCUGCCUGCGACAUGGCCACCACCGUGUCCCCCACAUACGCGGCGGAGGUCAGUGGGCAUGCAGCAGUGGCGGCACACAGGGCCAAGUUCCACGGCAUUCUCAAUGGCAUCGACCCCGACCUCUGGGACCCCAUGGGGGACCCUUUCCUUCCGGUGAGUGCUGCUGCUGUGCCAAUGAAAUAUUCAGCUGCAGAGGUCGUGGAGGGGAAGCAGACAGCCAAGGCAGAACUGCGUGCCUGCCUCAACCUGCGCUCCAUCCCCCCCUCCGAGAAUCGGCCCCUGUUAAAAUACUCAGCUGCAGAGGUCGUGGAGGGCAAGCAGGCAGCCAAGGCAGAGCUGCAAGCGCGCCUCAACCUGCGCUCCUUCCCCCCCUCGGAAGACCGGCCCCUGAUGAAAUACUCCUCUGCCGAAGUCGUGGAGGGGAAGCAGGCAGCCAAGGCAGAGCUGCGCGCGCGCCUCAACCUCCGCUCCUUCACCCCUUCAGAAGACCGUCCCUUAGUGGGCAUAGUCACGCGCCUGACAGCACAGAAGGGCAUAGCGCUGAUCAAGCACGCGCUGUGGCGCACGCUGGACAGAGGGGGACAGGUGGUGCUGCUGGGGUCGGCCCCUGAUGGGCGCGUGCAGGGCGAGUUUGAGGCGCUGGCGAGGGACCUAGGGCGCUCGCAUGGAGACAUGGCCCGGCUCUGGCUGACCUACGAUGAGCCCUUGUCGCACCUGGUGAGUGUACUUGUUUUGUGUGCGUGGGUUGUGAGGCUGUGCGUACACUCAUCAAGCAUGCCUGUGGUGCACUAUGUUGGAGAGAGGGGCAGGCAGGUGGUGCUGCUGCUGGGGCCCGCCCCUGAGGAGCUGCGCUGGCACGGAACUUCGGGCGUUCGCAUGGAGACAUGGCCCGCCUGUGGCUCACCUACGAUGAGCCGCUCUCGCACCUGUGCUCCGUACGUACCUGCCUCUGGUGGUUCUGCUGGGGUCGGCCCCGAUGGGCGCGUGCAGGGCGAAUCUGAAGCUCUUGCGAGGGACCUGGGGCGGUCACAUGGAGACAUGGCACGGCUCUGGCUGUCUUAUGAUGGUCCCAUGUCGCACUUGAUCUACGCAGCCAGUGACAUGAUUCUCGUCCCCUCCAUAUUUGAGCCGUGCGGGCUCACCCAGCUGGUUGCGAUGCGGUACGGAGCGGUGCCAGUGGUGCGCAAGACAGGCGGGCUGAGGGACACAGUGAUGGACGUGGACAGUGAGGAGGACAGGCAGAGAGCGGCAGAGAGAGGCAUGGAGGCCAACGGAUUCUCCUUUGAAGGGGCCGAUGCUGCUGGCGUUGACUAUGCCCUCAACAGUGGGUGUACGUCCAGUGGGUAUGCUUCUCAACAGGUGUCUAUGAUGCUAGUGGGCGAAACUAUAGUGUGUGUGAUGCUAGUGGGCGAGACUCUAGUGUGUGUGAUGCUAGUGGGCGGGACUUUAGUGUGUGUGAUGCUAGUGGGCGGGACUCUAGUGUGUGUGAUGCUAGUGGGCGGGACUCUAGUGUGUGUGAUGCUAGUGGGCGGGACUCUAGUGUCUGUGAUGCUAGUGGGCCGGACUCUAGUGUCUGUGAUGCUAGUGGACCGGACUCUAGUGGCGAUCUCGGGGUGGUACGAUGGGAGGGAGUGGUGGCAGGGCCUGGCUAGGCGAGUCAUGGAGCAGGACUGGACGUGGAACCGCCCCGCUCUUGACUACCUUGAGCUCUACUAUGGCGCUCGGAAAUAG